CCUUCCUACCCACAUACCAAGGCAAACAUAAAACAUAAAAAAAUCUUUCAAGGCUUGUGCUCAGUAGCCCCCGUUUCUGCAACAUACUAUCUUCCAUAAGCAACGGAAAUAACCUACAGAAGCCCCUGUGACCAGAGAAUGCACCGGCAGACCUUGAUUCUCUUGGUACACUUUAGUCACUUAUAUGAACGGUUCCCCAGUACGUAAGAAGAGGCACGUAAUAAAGAGGACGUGCGAAGGAUUACGUAAGAAGGAGAACGUAAUAAGAAGGACGUAAGAGGGAGAAUGUAAGAAGGAAGACGUAAUAAGGAGAACGUAAUAAGGAGUUCGUGUCUGUAGAGAGCGCAAGGGGAAGGUUAUUUCCAGAUCAAGAAGCCCUUGAGGAUGAUCAGCAGAGCAGUCGUGGGAACAGUUCGGAGGAUAUCAACAACGCCAUCAUUCCAUAACAGAAGAGCCGAACCCUUACAUAAAAUGUCUUCCAAUGGACCAGUUGAAUCGGCUAUAAAGAAAAAACUGGUCGAGGCCUUUAAACCCGUGCAUUUGCAGAUCGUUAAUGAGUCCUUUAUGCAUAAUGUCCCUCCUGGCUCAGAAACACAUUUCAAGGUCCUUGUUGUUUCUCCAACUUUCGAGAACGUCCCUCUCAUCAAGCGCCACCGCCUUGUGAACGCAGCUCUAAGUGAAGAGUUAGCAACAGGAGUUCAUGCUCUUUCCAUUGUGGCACGCACUCCAGACCAGUGGGAAAAAAGCUCUCAAGAGAUAGAACGAAGUCCUGCUUGUCGUGGUGGUUUUGGGAAAUGAAGCUGACUCUUAAAACUAUAAAAGCCAGAAGAGUAAGACUGAAAUGGGUUCCAGUUGCAUGGAAGAUAAGAUAGAAGAGAAUUGGUUAAACUAUGCAGAAGUAUGGUCACCAUUAUAUUUUACUUGAAAAAACACACAAGGUAUUAAUAAGAAACUAUGCAUUAAGCACUCUAUAGGAGGUACUAAACCAUAAAUGUAAUCAAUUCAUCUGAAUUUUGUUAUGAAUGAUUAUAAGCUGUGAUCUAUACUGAUGUAUAUACAAAGUACCGGUAGUGAAGGUUAAUAUUUUAAGGCAGCUAAAGGACAGAAUUCAUAUCUACAUUGUAUAGUGUUGUAUAAUAUUUUGUUGUUUUGACUUCUAAGCUUUCAGCAUUCAUUGGUUGAAUUUGUGAAAUGUUGAAUAUUAAUUUGGGAUGUAUUUGAUUUUGUAUACAAACAUGAAUAAAAAAAUACAUCUUUAUAUUUGGAAAGUUUCAUAUUUUUAUUAGCUAUGUAUAUUAGCAUAUGCGCAAAUUAUUGUAUUUAAUCAAAUAUUUGGUAAAAGGGAUAAAUGGAAAUUUUUACAUCAAAAUGAGUUGUAAAGUAAAAUUGUGUAAAAUUAUUUAACUUAAUUUUACACAUAUAUGUUUUGAUGUUUACUAAGUACUUCAUAAUUUGAUGGAAGUCUUAGCUAGUAAUGUAGUAAAAUGUACCUUUUAUUACUAGUGGGAUUUUAACUUAGCUCUGUUUCUUUCUUUCUUGGUAUUUGAUGAUAAAGGAGCAAACUUAUAUUUCCAUUUGCUGCCAGUAUUAAAAGCCACAGGAGAAGUUAUCACCUAGUUCAGUUUAAGCUGUAAAGGUGAAUUCCAACAAGCAACUUUAAUGCAGAUCACACAAAAAAAUUAAAUAACAGUCCAAAAGUUAUAUAAUAAGACAUGGAACCAUCACCAUCAUUUUCUUGCAUCAUUAGUAGAAAUAGGGAACUAUUUGCCAUGUGUUCUCACCUGAGGGUACAUGGGUAUAGGAUACUUUUCUUGGUUAAUAUUUCUUUAUAGUGUUUGCACAGUGCACUUAAGAUUAACCUUAGAAUCCUCAGCGUGGUUUAUAUUUUGGUUGAACAUGGUUUAUACCGGUAAAUUGGUGCUAUAUCUUGGUAGAAGUUCAAUGAAUACCCUUUUUAUUAUAUCCUGUUCACUGUCCUUGCGUCUCGUGGCUGAGAGUUAAAAUUAGAAGGUAAAACACUGUUCAAAAUCGUUUGCCAGAUCCAAAACCUCUACUUACUAUACUGAAAUAAUGUACAGAAAAAUUUAAUAGGCUUAAUUUUCUAUUCAACAUUUUUUAGAAUUAUGGCUUUGCUAGGUUGUAAAGGUGUAACUAAGAAUGAUAUAGAUUGGUUACUGUUGCAUAAGUUGAAGUAAUCCUGUAUAACAUGUAGAGAAGUUAUUUUAAUUAUGUGCAAUAUUUUUAUUCUUUAGUGUGAAUGACACAAUGUCCUAGUUUUAUAGGUAAUACUGUGAUUAUAUAUAUAUAUAUAUAUAUAUA